AUGGGAGACAACUUUGAGCCCAGCCGCAUCCGCGUAGGCAUCCUAGGCGCCGGUAUCGCCGGGUGCUGUCUAGCUGUCGGUCUCCUCCAAAACCCGAGCCUGGACGUACACUUGUUUGAGAGGUAUUCAGACAUUCGGGUGCGCGGGUCCGGUCUCGCACCGCAUGGAAACGCCAUCAGAGCCAUGGACUUGAUCUCGCCCAAGAUCAAGCAGGCUGGCGAGCAUGCCGGGGUUGUCUUUGCCGAGCUGGGCAGGGCCAAGGGCAGACGGACCGUCCACAGCGCGCACUUCAUACAAGGGCUGCUGGAAGACGACGUUGUUCCGAGCUAUCGCGUACACUUUAAUAAACGAGUUGCGAGCAUGGAAGAAGAUCCUAUCACGAGGAAAGUUGCCGUCGCGUUUGAAGAUGGCACGCAAGAUACUUUUGACAUUGUUUUCGGCGCAGAAGGUGUCAACAGCCCGACGAAGAAGUUUGUUCUUGGGCCUGGUCAUCCAAAUGCAGCCCCCGUCAACCACGACGAGUGGCGUCAAUUCCAUACCACCGUUCCCAUGUCUGAAGCCAAGAAAGUUGUCCCAGAGGAGUCGAGCAACACAAUCAUCACAUAUUGCACGCCUUACGGGUUCAUCAACGCAAUUCCGCUGGACCUUGGCCAAACAUACAGUGUGGGAUGUUACCAGAGAGAUACCAAGUGCCCGGUACGGGGCGCCCCAUUGAACCCCCAGCUUUGGAAGGGUCUGCUUCCCGGAGUGGACGCCUUGAUUUCUCUCUUGGAAAAAGGACACACAGAGAACUGGACUCUCCAAGAUCACGACCAUGCCCCGUCCUAUUACAGAGGACGCGUAGCCAUGGUCGGCGAUUCCGCUCACGGGACGCUACCUCACUCCGGCAACGGAGCUGCUCAGGCCAUUGAAGAUUGUUCAGUGCUCACUGGCAUUUUCUUGCGCCUGACGUCUUUGGAUGAGGUCGAGGCAGCUUUCAAGGCAUAUGACCAAAUACGCCUUCCAAGAAGCCAAAAGAUUGUAGAGAUUACGAGAAGUUUCGGGCGUUUGUAUAGCCGCGACCCCGAGGAGAUUGUCUUGGAUGAUAUGAAGGCUGAGAUGAGGGAAGGUGGUAUGUACAUCAACGGAGUGGACAUGGAGGCUCAAGUCAAGAAUGCAAUUGAUGCUUUCGAGAGGUUUAAAGAGCUUCAGCCGGAUAGUUGA